CAAAUUUAUAGCUAUUUCUUUCUAAAGAAGAUUAUGCUGCCAAACUGUGUGGAUAAAGUGUUGUGUUUGGGAUUAAGUACAUUGAUUGGUGUGUGUGCUGCCCUCGCCGUCCAAGUGCGCUGCAUAUCGCUGCUGGCGCUAGCCAUGUACUGCGGGAAGCCGGGCCGGGGCGUCAUGAAGGCUGUGGUGCUCACGUAUGUGGUCGCAGGUCCAAUCACUAACAUGUGCUUGAAUGCGCGGGAGGUGGUCCGUGUGUUCGCAUGCACGACACAGCUGUCUUACUCCCUGGGGAAGACCAGACACUGUUUGCUGGCUCAGCCUGUAAGGAAGACCUUGACAGGCCUUGGCCCAAAUGUUGACCACAUAAAGGGCACCAUCAGUUCAAUUGACACCGUACUUUCACCAAUAGAAAAUGAAAUAGAAGGCACCAGGGAAGUCGAACAAAGUCGCGUGCAAAAUGAUUACGUGGACAAUUUGUUUGCACAGCCGCAUCGCACCCAAGUUAUUGAACACAAGUAUAGUAUCAUAUCUUAUUCCCUAAUUCAGUCAUCCUUCUUCAGAAUCAUACAAAGCGAUAAAGAGAACGAAAUUUAUCAGAAGAAAUACCUUAUGAAAAUAGCUAUCCGUUGCCAAAACCAGUUCGCUCGCAGCGUGGUCGUCUGCAUGAACAUGUUCAGGCCUGUGCAGGUUAAGUACUGUAAGCUGGUGAACACGCAUGAUGGGCGGGCGGUCUGCGAGCCUUUGGAUCUGUGUCACGUCUGUGAUAUCCAGUAUUUGAUGGAUAUGGAUCGCGUAUGUGAUAGUAGUAAACAGGUUGACCCGGGAUUAGGAGAGGGAUACGUUUAUGUAAAAAAGGCCAAGAUGAAGUUGACAAAUUUGCAAGACAUUAAAUUGAAAAACAAACCUCCUGACGUACGAGUGAUCUACAAUGUUCAGGACGCCAAAGAAACAGGCGAUUUAGUGAUAAAAGCGUUUGAAGAGAAGAACAUAAUCAUGCGAACUGUCAGUACUAUCCUCAACGUGUGUAUGGCGAUCCUGUUCCUGCGCAUUCCGUCCGCUAGCGCCACCUACCAUGAUCUAUACCUAACCGACAUUGAGUUUGAUAACACGUAUGUCACGGGGUACUUCAAGCAGAUAGACGCGCGGAGGCGGGACAAAAGGAAAUACACUUUGUUGCCCUUGAAAAAGAUGGAAAGAAUAAAAUAUGUGGACGUCCGGUCAUUCUCCUACAUACCCCUGGAUCAGAGUCUGCUGGUGUCACAUAUCCUGAAAGUGUUCCUGGAAGUGGUCACAGCCACCACCUUCGUAAUGCUGGACCGGCUGUUUUUCGAAGCGUUGGACGUGGUCCGACAACAUGCUGAGAUGGAAAACGACCAAGGAAUGCAUGAUCUUGACAUAACGGUGGAAGGGUCCGGUAUACUAGCGAACAUGGUAAGGAAGAUUCUAGAAGGAUUCUCCGAGGAGUCGCCAGCGCAGCGACCCAUUACCAACCGGCCUUGCAUUCCUCGCCCGCGACUCAUGCCUCCCGCUUACUUCUUUAAGAUCUACGGUGGAUACCUCUGGAUUAUUUUACUGCUAUAUUUGGACCCUUACACGUUGCGUUUACGAAGACUUAUCUGCAGCUACUUUUACCCGCGCCGCGAGAAACAACGCAUAUUGCACCUCUACAAUGACAUACUCAAGAAGCGCAUGAAAAUGCAGAAAACUUUGCGCAAAAAAGCAAUACAAACGGUUCGAGCCCACUACCUCUCCGGAGAGAACCUGGUCAGCAUGAGGAUGAAGUUCCCGCAGCUGCUGGGUUGGCUGCGCGUGCUGCCGGCCGCUAGGAUGACAUGCCUCAUCUGUGGGGAGCCGGAGCCGAGGAAAGAUAACCAAGAAUCCACACCGUGGCACGCUUGCGUCGCGUCACACUGCCCCUUUAUGUACUGUAUGGAGUGCUGGAGAGAAGUGGGAGCCCGAUGUCUGGCCUGCGACCCAAGUCUCGCAGAACUAAGCGAUAUGGACUCGUUGAGUGAUGAUGAACAGCCUCGGCACUAAUGAUGACUGAUUUGAUAAGUGC